CAGGACCGGAGUUUUAGUAAGCACUGGUAUGCCCGAAGGCUCGCACACACGCUGACGUGUCGCGGCGUUGUCGAUUGUUGUUGUUGCUGUGCUCGCUCGCUCGCUCGUCGACGUACGGUGUGUGUGCUCUAUCGGUGGACUACCUUGAAGGCGCGCACGUUUUGUUUUUGCUGUUGAAGAAAGGGCUUUCGCGCGCGUAUUGGCGAGGGCUCGAGAUUUCGCGGACCGUUGUUUUGGUCGUCGCAUUGCUCCGCCAGAGUCCAUCUGCGGUUGUUUCUUGAACUUUUUUCCUCCUGUUUUUUCGCCUGUUGUUGUUUUUGUCGUCACCAUCGCCGUCGUCGUCGUCGUUUGUUGUCGUUGCAGCAGUGCAUUUCUCCGGGUUUGCCGUAUUUUUUUGUGAAUCCCAUUCACGCGCGGUCAUAUGCAUUCCGGUGCAGUUCAGUCCCGGUGCUGCUACUGGUGCACGUAAGAACCCGCGAUCCAGAGCUCUGCAGUGUUUUUUGUUGCCACUGUGAAUCCUGCGCCUGUUUCUGGAUCCAUGUGUUCUAUUCCGCCAAUGUGCACAAAAUGUGAGAAAAUUGAUUUUUUACUGCCGCCGUUUUUGUCGUCGUCGUCGCAGUUGUUGUCGUCGUCCAAAACCCGUGUCGAUCGUUCGCUUUUCACCGAACCACGGUGUAGCAAGUGAAAAUCUCAACAUGUUGUUUAGCCUCGCUAUCUCGACAUCUCCAGAAAAGUGAAGACACACAUCAUGUCUCGGUGACAAGUAUCAAACCAACCAACCAAAAAAAGUAAACUCCCGUCUCAGAAAAAAGUGAAAAAUAGAGGUGUCUUUCCUCAAAAAAGAAAAAAAUAUUGCCAGUGUCCUAAGCGUUCAAGUUUCUCGGUGAAAACAAAUCUUUGUGGUGGGAUGUUGUUGGGAGCACAAAACCCGACGGCUAUGGCGGCUGCGGCAGCUGCAGCCGCAGCAGCACUUCAAGCGGCCGCCGGGGGCGGCAAACAAAACAACCCAAUGAAUGGCACAGGAACCGGCCCCGGCUCCGAAAGCGGCAACCAUCCUAAUAGGUCUACGAACGUAGUCGGCGGUAGUGGAACCGGUAGUGGUGGAGCGACAGAUUUCUCGAUAGCGGCCAUUAUGGCCCGGGGUGCGGCAGCAGCGGCGGCGGCUGCGGCUGCUGCUGCGGUCCAAGCUGCACGGACGGCUGAGAAUGGAAGCUGCAGCCCGAGGGAGCCCUCGGAACGAAGCAUAAGUCCGCUAUCGGUUGAUCGAUUCCCAGAACCGGAUGACGCAGACGUUGACGUCGAUGUGGAACAGUGUUCGGAUUCGGAGGCAUCGGCACGUGGCUACUCCGGUGGGUCCCAUGCAGCUGCCGGAAUGUCUAGUACGGCGGCUUCCGAAGCGGCUGGGAUGUCUAAAUCGAGGCGGAGAUCUGGAGGCAGCAGCAGUAACACCAACAACGGUAAUCAGGGUCGCGCUUCGAACGGAAGCACCGGGCGCUCAAGCUCCAGGACCCCGUCGGACGAGGAGCGACUUACGCCGGAACCUGCUACGACCAAACACCGAAUUGUGGGCAGUUGCAAUUCCGAUGAUCUCCAACCGGUGCAGUGCCAUCUGGAGACGAAGGAACUGUGGGAAAAAUUUCACGAACUGGGGACGGAAAUGAUCAUCACCAAAACGGGACGACGUAUGUUCCCGACAAUCCGAGUGUCCUUCUUUGGCCCCUUGAGGCAACUUACCCCGGCGGAUAGAUUUGCAGUCCUGAUGGAUGUCGUUCCUCUGGAUAAUCGACGCUACCGGUACGCGUAUCAUCGAUCUUCGUGGCUAGUGGCCGGAAAGGCAGAUCCGGCUCCUCCGGCGCGGCUUUACACACAUCCGGAUACGCCACUGGGACCGGAUGCGCUCCGGAAACAGGUCAUUUCGUUCGAGAAGGUCAAGCUGACCAACAACGAAAUGGACAAGGGAGGACAGAUCAUCCUGAAUUCGAUGCACCGCUACCAGCCCCGGAUACAUUUGGUGCGCCUUGGUCCCGGCCAGCAACCUCCCUCGAGUCCCAAGGAACUGGCCCAGCUGGACCACAAGACGUUCGUAUUUCCGGAAACGGUCUUCACCGGGGUCACUGCCUACCAGAAUCAGCUCAUCACCAAGCUCAAGAUCGAUUCGAACCCAUUCGCCAAAGGAUUUCGGGACUCCUCGCGGCUGACGGAUUUCGAUAGAGACCCAAUGGACGCUUUGCUCUUCGAGCAACACCUCCGAUCGCCGAUGCGGCUCUUCCCGGAUCCCAUUCUGGCUCAGUUUGCUCAAGGUUUCAGUCCGGAACUGGACAGUGCCCAGGCUGCGUUUCUGGAGAAGGCUCGGCAGCAGUUGCAAAUGUGGGGUCGAUCGCCGUACAGUGACAUGCUGUUACCGCAUCUCUAUCAGCAGAGACCCCCAGCUCAUAUGGGACCCUCGAUGUCUCCCAAUGCAGCAGCUGCGGUCAUGAAUCUGGGAGGUCUCUGGCAGAACCACCAGCAAUGGUCCCCCCAGUUUUCGGCCGGAUUCCUUCAGAGUGCCGCCGCAGCAGCUGCCGCCGCAAGUAUGUCAACGCCUUCGACGACCCCGCCUCUCGGCAGUGGGCAGGCUUCGACGCCUUCCUCGAGUUCCGGAUCUCCCUCGCCGUCGGAUUCGUCACGAUCAAAGGCAUUCACCCGGUACAGCCCCUACCAGAUACCGCCCCAGCAUCAUCCGAUGGGAGGAGGACAUUCGCUGCUUCAUUCACCACCCCCGCCGCCUCAAUCACCGCCCUCGCCCAGGAGAACGCCCAACUGAUUGAAAGCGGACGAUUGUUGGAGAUCGAUGAAAGUUGUUGUAUUUUUUCACAUGUGUUCCACCGGCUUCUUGUAGAGAGCUUUUAGUAUUAUUUUUAUUUAUAUCACUUUCAAAUAUGUAGUAAAAUUUUUGGCUUAAUAUAUGUUGUUGUCACUUUUUUAAAUAAUUGAUUACUUUUCCAAAUUAUAUUUAAUACGUUUCAAACGCAAAAUAAAGUAUAAGAGUUGUCUAUAAAUGUAAAGUGAAUAUGAUGCAAGAAUGGUGAU